GCCACGCGCCGUUGGCCGCGCGGCCGCUCGCGCCCCUGUGGGCGAAAACUCGACCAACACAGCGCGCGUGUAUCCCUCCGCCUUGCCAGGAUGAGAGUUGCUGUUCGGCAGCGCCCCGUCUCCUCCUCGCGGCUCCAGGGACCCCUUUUCUAGGACGGGGGCGCGAGCAGCUUGAUCCCCUCCAUCCCCGGUCUCCCGCAACACAGCUCCAUGGGGGCCAAAAUAGCGAGGUUGGUGCCCCUGAGCGACACUUGAGGGGCCUGGCAGCGCUUCUCCCAAUGGCGCCCAAAAGUUCUAGAGGCGCCCAGGAAACUCAACUCAACCCGAAAGGGCUUUUUUGUGUGUGUCCAGGCAGACGGAUGAGUUGGGUGGUCUUUUGUUUUCUCUCCAGUUUAUGGACUCCUCCAGCACCUUAAGGGUCUUGAGACCUAAAGACAGCAAGUUGGCAGGCUAGACUCCAUGGUUUCAAAACUCAACAAGGGAUUUUUUGUACAUUGAAUGCAGUGUCUUUUGACCCUCUGUUUUAUGCCGGUCAUCUCUUGGAAAAGAAAAGUAUUGAACAGACUACUGAAGAAUGGAUUUUUAGUCUUUUUAAACAAGUGAAGCAUCUUUUAAAAUCUACUUAAUUGAGAUUUCUGCCUCUGUGUUGAGCAGUCCAUCAUGUCCAAAUGUGUAGAAUAUGGGGCGAUCAUAGGAAACUGGGUGAAGAUUGACUUACUGAUCAUCUUGGAGGUGGAAGGCCAGGAACAUAACUAGAUUUACUAAACUGAGGAUAUCCUGGAACUCUGAGUACUUCUGCACAAGAGUCUCUUAAAUAACGAAGAGUACAAAAAUAGUAAAUUACAGAGUACUUUAGGAAAAAUGCCAUCUGAACAAGAACCAUCCUUUUGCAUCCAAAAUACAAGUUGGUUGCAUAACAAUGAGUUAGAUAGAACAAGUGUUCCUACAUUGGAUACUUCUGUUAAAGGGCAUAUAACUCAACCUGCAAUUUCAGAUAUUCUCACCUAUGGACUGAAAAAUGUGAAAAUAGAGCUGCCUAGGGUAAAGAUCCCAAAUGAAGUGCUAUGUACACAUGAAAUUGAAAGAUACAUGAAAGUAUUUCAAUGUAAAGAAAAGCCUGCAAGAGCCUUUUCCAUGCACACGGAUGUGAAUGGAAGCAACUGUUCUGAGACUGAUAUACCACAUAGUAAACCAAGACUGAAUUAUGAGGAGGGAUCGAAAACAUCUGCAAAGAUACUGAAAUUUAGCUGUACCAAAUGCAGAAACAAUGUUAAGUACAGUCCAAAUGAUCUACAGAAGCAUUUCCAGCUGUUACAUCGUGGAGAGUUGCCAUCUUACCCCUGUGAAAUGUGUAAUUUUUCAGCUAAUGACUUCCAAUCAUUUAAUCAACACCGUCGAACACAUCGUAGUACUUUAGUAAAAUGUGAAAUCUGUAAUGAUGAUAAUAUAUAUACUUUGUUGGACCUAACAAAACAUUUCACAUCUAGGCACUGUGUAAAUGGCCAUUUUCAAUGUGAAAGAUGUAGAUUUUCCACCCAUGAUGUUGGCACAUUUGUUCAGCAUAUUCAUCGGCACAAUGAAAUACAAUAUAAAUGUGAUAAAUGUCACCAUGCAAGUUUUUCAAAAGAAGAGUCUCAGAAACAUGUUGCUUCACACACUGGCACAUUUCCCUUCAGUUGUCAAUAUUGUAACUACAUGGCAUCAAGGAAAAACUAUCUUUUGAAACAUAUUAUUACAUUACACAGAGACCACCUCUAUGCAAAAGAUAAAACGGAUACAGAUAACAAUGAGAAGAUGAAGAAAACGUCAACAGGACUAAAACUUAUCUUGAAAAGGUACAAAACAGGUGCAUCGAGGAAGGCCCUGUGGAGACGUAAAAGAAUGACUACUGGCACUUGUAGAACUGGAGAAGAGGACAGACAAGUUCUCGAAAACAUGAAGGAAAUUCAGCCUAAAUCUGAAGAGCUAGGCCAGCCUACAAAAGAAUUACACCUCAAUGAAGACAACAAUCUUCUAAAUGAAAGGCAUAUCUACAGUGGGGCAAAAUCCUCUCCAGCAAUACCAUACAGUAGAGCAGAAGAUGGCUUGGGUUCUGGCGUGCUGAAAAAAGCUGUUCAUGGUCCUACAGUUCUGAUGGUUAAAAACAACAAAAUAUCUGUUCCUGCAAAUUAUAGUGCUAAAUUUAUGGGCUUCAAGGUGGUCGAUGGAAAACAGCAUAUAGUAAUAAAACUUCUACCUACAGAUAAACAGAAUUUGCCAACAGAAAAUAAGGUUGAUGGGGUAAAAGAUGGUUCAACUGAAUGUCUGCAGCAGACAGCUGACAACUUCAAUUUAACUUCCGCUGCUGGACCUCAUGAAAUUAAUCAGCAAAUUUCUAGAAAUAAUUCUGUUCACUCAUUAGCAUCAUCUCCAUUGUCAUUUUCUAAUCAAUAUUCAGGAAAAAUAAAGCAAGAAAGUCCAGAUUAUUUUAGUUUGAAUACAUCUCGAACAGUAGAACCUCAUACUGUAAUGGUAGGAAACUGUACAACUCGUCUGCCAGCAAAAUCAGAUUCUUCACUUCCUUGUGAUUCUGUGGCCAAGGCUGGAAAUAUAGAUCCUUCAUGGAUGAAUUGUGUACCUCAGGACCAUUCUCAGGUUUUAUCCUCUGCUGGUGCACACAUGCUUCAUUAUGACCCUAUGAAAAAAACCUUUCCUACAGAAUUAAAAGUACGGAAUGGUGAAGUAAACAACAGUAAAUACAAUAAUAUCUACUGCCCAUCAACUGAUUUUUCUAAUCAAGUACCACUGCCUUUCCAUAAUUAUUCCAAAGUAGAUACUUUGGAUAGCUCUAAACACCAUAUGUCCAACAGUACCUUUUCUCUCCAAAGUAGGUCUGUAAAUGAAACCACUUAUCUGCAACAACAAGCAACAGUAUUAAAUCUAGAAAGAAGAUCUUCAUUGCUGUCUCUUCAUGGCUUUGUAAAUACAAAUGAUGUUCCAGUAUUUUCAGCUAACCAAUCCAAUUAUGCUACUGACAGACAGCAUCCUAUAGAAAAUCAUCAUAAUGACCAGCAGCAUUUGAAUACAAUAGUAAAUCAAGUGUUGGAACAUGUAGCUGAAAAAUCAAAACAAGAAAAUGCCUCUAAUUGUGUAAAUACAUCACUUAUGCCUAAAAUAACAUCUGUUUUCUCACUCCAGAGUACUCAGGCAUCCAACUAUUUGUCACCUGAAGUAAACCAGUCAUUACAAGAUGUUCUAAGAGGGCAACCUGCUGCUCAGCCACUCAACUAUAUAAAAACUGGUUAUGACAACUCAUUUCCAAAUAAUAAAAUGGAUUGUAAAACAUUUGCACACUUCAGAGAUUCAACUGCUGCAUGCAGUUUAACUAAUUCUCCUGUUAAAUUCAAGAGAGAGGUGAAUGUGAAUGGCAGUGCAACGAAUGAAGGUGUGUAUUUUAGGAAUGAAGGACGACUCCCAGUGAUGGCUCAUAGAACAGAAGAAAUGCAUUCUACUUCCAGUACAACAGGCAUUGGUGCAUUGCUUAAAACUCAAACAGAUUCCAUUUUAGCACAGCAGUUGGAAAAACACAAUAUGCACUACAGUUUGAAUGUCCCUAAUGCUAUCCGUCCAAUGCUUCCAGAACAGAAGAAAUCAGUGCUACUUCAGUCAUCUCUCCCAAGGUUUUUUGUACCUUUGCGCCUUGCCCAUCAACAAGGAUUACAUGCUAUUUCAGGGAAGCCUUCUCCAAAAAACAGUUCAGAUGUUCAGGCAACAAGAGCUACACCUUUACUUUUAAACAAAGGACCUGGAAUGAUCUUGACUUUUGGUAGUGGCUCAAUUAGAACAAUUGCAAACGCCACUGAAAAUAGUUCUCAGGUUUUAGAGAAAAUGGCAUCUAAAGAGUGUGGUAAAGAGGCAGUAGCUACAUCAGGUAUGAAAUUUAAAAUUGACAGCUCUGGAAUUGUAAGAAAUUAUUCUGGUGUUAGUGGGAUAGCGGUUGCUUCAUCCACUGGCAUGUCAUACAAGGAACAGCUUAACAUGACAAAUUCAGAGAGCAGAAUUUCUUCCGUGAAAAUACAGGCUGGACAUCAAGGCAGUAAUGUUGCUACCUUGGAGUCAAUAAAACAACCAGAGGUUGGACAAGAACAACCUGUUUAUGCACUUUUGCCUGAUGGUAGACAAGCAGUUUUUCUUAAAUGUAUGUCGCCAAACAAAUCCUUAGUACAGAAGCAUAAUGUUCUUCAAGGUACUGCUAAUAGUCAAAAUUGUGAACCAAAGAAACCUGGAGCAAUGCAACAAAAGCUUUUUUUGAAAAUUAAGACCUUUCCUCCUGGUGACAAUUGUCAGCCGAUUAGCAACAUUAAGUCAUCUUUACAGUUCAAUAAUAUGCAUUCCCUUAAUAGUCCUGCACUAGAUCAGAAAAGGGCAGCUUUUUCUUCUAGCGAUGCCUUACUGUUUCCAGGUACAUUGAUGCCAGCAAAUGCCUGUUUGGCAAGUGAUAAAUCAAAGGAUCCUAUUACUUCUGUAGAAUCUGUACAUUCCCUUAGGAAUUUAAAGACACGGUCACAAAAGAUUCCAUCUGAUUCAGCACAAACAGACAGUGCUAACAAAGGGAACACUUUUGGAACCCAGAUGUCAACAGGGCCACCGACAAACAAAUUUUCAAAAGCUAGACGUCAUUCAAAGCAAACUGGUGCUAAAGUUUCUGAUGCUACGGUUUCACAGAAGAACAGGAAUUUGAAACGGAAAGUUAAAGAUGACCUUCAAGAACCUCCUAGAAAGAAAAUGUUGCAUCGAAAAUGUAAAGAGAAAAAUCAAAUGGAUGUGAAUGAAUUUGAAUCCUUAAUUCGCGCCCCUUGUAGACCAAGAUUGUCAAAAGACACUGUGAGGAUUCUAAAGCUACUUCCAUUUAAUUCCAAACAAUUAAUCAAAUGCCCCCGAAGAAAUCAGCCAGUUGUAGUGCUAAACCAUCCCGAUGCAGAUGUUCCAGAAGUUGUAAAUGUUAUGAAGACUAUUGCUAAAUUUAAAGGACAUGUGCUAAAGGUCUCCUUGUCAAAGAGAACUAUUGAUGCUCUUUUGGAGCCAGCAGAUUAUAACGGCUUGUAUAUAAUUACUAAUGAUCUCUCUCGAAGAAAACGCAAAAUGCUCAAACCUGUAAGUCCUGUAAAAGAAAGGUUUGUUUUAAAAUUAACGCUGAAGAAGACGAGCAAAAACAAUUAUCAGAUUGUGAAAACUACCUCUGAUAAUACGCUGAAAACUAAAUUUAGGUGCUGGUUUUGUGGGAGGAUAUUUGACAAUCAGGACAAUUGGGUAGGACAUGGACAGCGUCAUCUAAUGGAAGCCACUCGAGACUGGAAUUCAGUAGGGUAAUUUAUUGUGAUAACUGAAAAAGACAAAAGAGUUCAUCUGCUUGCAGAUUAUUUUGGAUGACAGCAUCAAAAUGAUGUUUUUAAAAGAGAAACAAAUGUGUUAAUACCUAAAAUUAUGCUGUAUGAUUUUAAUUUAAAUAGCUUCAAUUGCAGUUCAAAUUGCAUUUUGUUACUACUUCCGUGAUAUAUUUAGAGAAUGACUUUCAGGGCUUUUGUUAUGUAUAUAUUUAAAAAUCAAAGUGUGUACAUAUUUUUAUACUUCAGUUAUUUGCUAUAAAAUCUUGCACAGGAAUUGUAUUUUUUCAGCUCUGUGCAUGCACUACUAAAAAAUGUUUUUCAGCUACACACAGCUAUUGCCGUAUUUUUCCUUGCUCUUUCAAGACAACCCCAACAACCCCCCCAUUUCUUUUCCAGGGAUAAACACUGUUGUUAGCAAGUGCCUAAAAGAUGUGAAGCAGUUUACUUUGUGUCAACUGUAUAACCACAGGCCCUCAUAGGGCCAGUUUUUCUAACAGUUUCUUUUAAACAAAGCCAUAUGUGAAUGCUUUAAGCUAUAUUGCUAUGCACAUGACACUUGUACUAUUUCUGUGCAGUUUGUCUACUUUCUUAGUGAAGUAUUUUUCAUAUAAAUCAAUAAACAUGUUACUGUGUUUAAGCCUGAUAAUGAGAUCAGUUGUAAAUAUAAUGUAUUCACAAUUUGUACAGUACAUUGAAGAACAUUCCAAGUGGAUGUUUGACAUCCCUAUUAAAUCAGUAUGAUUUGUGUUAUACUGAAUAAUUUUGCCACCAGAUGUAUAUAAAGGGCAGCCUGUGGCUGUGGUGGCUUUGGUUUUGUUAGAAAUCGGAUUAUGGCUAUUUUUCUGUUAAGUCUUUUUGUGUGGCUAGAGAGUAUAACUUAGUUUUUAAAGAGUGCUCCAAUCUAGAUUUUCUUAUCCCAUACAUUGAUGCCUCAUAAAAUUCUGGAGUAUUUGUCAUUCUACAAUAGGAAAGAAAACCCUCUUAUAUUUGGUUAUCUUCUGAUUUGGACAAAAAACUCUGCCCAUUUUGAUUGUGGUCUCUUAUUUGCUGAAUAGAUUUUUGUCUUUUUGACAGUAUAGCACUGGCUGCUAUGUUCUAGAAAUGGUAUCAGGUUUUUACUCAAGAUUAUCAGGCUUUUAAUUGGGUUGAUUCACGAUCCACUAUACAAACUACUGUCCUCUCAUAGCCUGCAGUCAGUCUUUAUUUCUCCUUGCAGGCUAGGGAUUACAUCUUUAAAUUGUCUGGCCUGUUCAGAUAUUACUUGUGGGACAGAAAGGAGAGAAUUCUCAAUCUGGCAAAAGUUUUUGCUGAUUGUGCCCUCCCCCUUUGUCAUAAAAUGGAAGUUGCAAUAAUCCAUGUUGUAACAUAGAACAUUGCAUCUUUGAUUUUGGAAAAAACAUGUGUUGGACAUCUUCAGCGUUUAAAUAAGUAUGUGAUAGCCUGGAUCAAACAGUACUUUUUCUUCUUCCAUCCCCUGCCAAAGUGAAAGGGAUAAAGAGAAAUACAUCUGUCCCAACACCUACUAGGUUGAACUUUGUCCCUAGUAAGUCAAGUCUGAACAGGCAUUGUGUGAAUAAUCUGUAUUGAUAGAAAUAACCAAAAUACUUAAUUUUUGUGUUGCAAGGCCAGGGAGUAAUUUUGAGUAUUGGCAGUGUUUCAGUACCUAAGUUAUAUAUUGGUCCUCUGAAGGGAAUUGAGCAGGAAGAAAAAUCAAGUGUAAUGAGCAGUAACAGGUUCACAUUUGUAUUUUUAACUUUUUCCAGUGUUUAAACAGUUCCUACAAAGUAAAGUAUCUCAGGAAAAUGAUGUGCUUUUAAACAAGAAAUGCAAUUCAGAAUUACCUCUUAAAAAUUCCCCUGCACAUGCUUGGUGUUAAUAAAUUUGUUAUAGAGAUAUAUUGUUCUUUAAUUGUGUUGAAUAAUUUUUGUAACAUUCAGUAAUUACCUUGCGGAUAGAAAUUUAUACUUUUAAAAAAUGGUCUUAGUUACUUGAGGUGACUUCCUCAGAUACAUUACAGGAUGCACACUUUAAAAAAAGGUAGCUACAAUAUAAGUUUACUAAAGGAGGUAGUAUGGUGCAUCUAUUUCCAUGUGUGGACAUUCCAACUUUUAUAUUCAUAAUUAUUUUGGGUAUUUAUAAAAGAAAAUAUUUCAUAAUGACACAAGCCUCACCUUGAAUGUAAGAGUUUGAACGAACAUGCAAGCCAGAAAGGAGAUGUUGUAAGGCUGUUGCUAGACUUUUAAAUAUUUAUAUGCCAUCCACAAAGGUUCAGCUACAUGGCUCUAGCUGUAGAGCAGCCAGGCAGUGUAUUUGUAAUGUGGCUUUUGUUCUCUGCUACAGCACAACUACUUUUAAUGCUACAUGAGUAGGUGUUUGUAAGGUGACAGUAAUUUUUUUUGCCACUAAUUUUUUUUGUAACAUUGCUAUUAAAUUUUAAUCCUUUGUUGCAGUUAACAAGGUUGGAGAGCUUCAUAUUAUUUAUAUACGUAUUUGCUUAAGGUUUUGAGGAAAUGGUAGAUUUUAUACAAUUUUGAGAUCUGUGUUAAAUGGCAUUCACUCCCAGUAUUAUGUACUCAAGGCAGGAAAACGGCCUUAAAUUGCUGCUGCAUUUGGAAGCUGAGUUUCCUGUCAGUGGGACUUGCUUCCGAGUGAAUGUGUAAGAUUGCUGUGUAAAAAUACUUGCCCCAGCUCUGGAGCAUCAGUCCUAUUGCUGGUUUACUAUUUCUUCCCUAAGCUACUGAAGUUUGUUGUUCAUCAACUGACUACGUUAAUUGAAUUUGAAACCCAAAUGAAGUACAGUGGUAUCCUGGUUUAAGUACACAAUUGGUUCCGGAAGUCUGUACUUAACCUGAAGUGAACUUUCCCAUUGAAAGUAAUUGAAAGUGGAUUAAUCCGUUCCAGACAGGUCCGCAGAGUACUCAGCCUGAAGCGUACUUAACCCGAAGUAUGAGUGUAAUUGGUUCUGGAAGUCCGUACUUAACCUGAAGCAUACUUAACCUGAAGCGAACUUUCCCAUUGAAAGUAAUGGAAAGUGGAUUAAUCCGUUCCAGACAGGUCCGCAGAGUACUCAGCCUGAAGCGUACUUAACCCGAAGUAUGAGUGUAAUUGGUUCUGGAAGUCCGUACUUAACCUGAAGCAUACUUAACCUGAAGCGAACUUUCCCAUUGAAAGUAAUGGAAAGUGGAUUAAUCCGUUCCAGAUGGGUCCGCAGAGUACUUAAACUGAAAGUACUCAAACCGAAGUAUACUUAAACCGAGGUAUGACUCUAUUCCUUAAUGUAGCAAUACUGACUGGUAAGAAAAAACAUUUUCCCCCACCUUCAUUUAUGCAAAUCACAUGGUAUAUGACCACAAAAGUGGUUCCAAAAACAUGCUUCGUUUGCUGUAAAACAAUAGGCCUCCAGGUGUGCCAAAUGAGGGUAAGUAAAUAUGUGAGGGUAGGCAGUGGGGAAGAGCAUGCAAGCUGCAAAUCUGUCUCCAUUUCAUUUGCCUUCCAAUUUGUGGAAGGCAACUGUCUGCAGAGCAGCUUUUUUGCAUCCAUAGAGAAUUUCUAAAAGAAGCAGCAGUAGUGGGUUGAUGAGCAAGCUAUCUCUGCCCAUCUCCCUUUUGAAGUUUACUUAUAUGUAGAAUGCCUGAAAAGUGCUUAACAGUGAAUUGGUUGAUUUGGAAAGAAAGAAGUUCACAUAUUAACCAUAAUAUCCUGUGUAGGUCUAGCACUACUUACUGUGAUUUGGAAGAAAAAUACUUCUGAAAUUGGGCUUGGGUUUAAUUAGGAUAGUGCUGGAGGCAUUGUUCAAUUACCUUUAUUCACCUUGAGAUGAGAGCUGAAAAUCAUUUGGCUGUCAUACAAGUGUGUAGUUUUGAGCAGAAAUCCAUUUCCCUUCUGAAGGAGAGUAGUUAUCAGAGCUUUGACAAAAAAAAGUGACCCCAGGUCUUUGCUGUCAAUUCUCAUUUAGAAACACUGUAUUAUAGAAUUUGGAGUUUUAAGAAAAAUACUCAGUUUUGAAGUAACAGGAAGGCAAGCCACGUGUUCUGUGUCCAAAAAAUUCUAUAGUGUUAGCAUAACUCAUAGAAGCAAGUGGAAAAUUAUUUAGAUAACAAUCAGGGUGUAGUAAAAUGCAACUGAUGCAAAAUAUAUCUGGGAGGAAAAGGAAGGUGGGGAAUAAGGCCAUUGAUUAGAAAUAAGGGGGUUGUCCUUUGGAAAAUUGGAGCAAAAUCUCAACUCUAGUUUCACUGACAGAAGCCAAGAAAUGCACAGAGCUCUUUUUGCUAAUUACAGGAAAAAGCUCCAUAAGCACUAUGGCUACCUUGCUGGAUCCAAGCCAUAAUGUUUUACACUACAAAGUCACGCCUUCUAUUUUGUCUUAAAUUCUGUGGUGGAGGAAAAUACACCCCCCUCCCCACAAUAAUCAGUUAAUGAUUAGACUUUCAUUUUAUACCCACGUGUCCUAAAUUGUGCACAGUCUAAAAUUCCAAACUUAAGUCUAACCUUGGUAACUGAUCCUGCAUGCCCACAAUCAGUAAAAUCAUUAGCACAAGGAAUUUGCCUGUUACCCAUUUCUAAAAAAGCAGAGGUGUAUGGUUAUGUCCCAUUUUAAUAGAAUUUGAG